AUGUCGGUCUCUAUCCGGGAGCUAGAUAACACCGUUCGGGCCUUCUACGAGGGGAAAGGCGAAGCUCAAAAACAAGCGCAACAAACCCUUACUGAGUUUAAACAAAACCCUGAAUCGUGGGUGUUGGUGGGCAACAUUCUUCAGGAGUCCGAAUAUGUUCAAACGAAAUGUCUGGAUAUCCUUCCCGCCCCACCAUUUUGGAUUUCCUGCGCUGACAUAUGCGAAUUAGAUCUUGCCCUCCAAGUUCUCGACGAUGUCAUUAUGACACGAUGGAAGGUUCUCCCUCGUGAACAGUGUCAAGUCAAUUGCAUCAUUGAACACUCCAAAACGGAGGAAAAGCUGAAGAGCGAGCGGGCCUUUCUCAACAAACUUAAUCUCGUCUUGGUAUCUAUCUUGAAGCAAGAGUGGCCUCACAACUGGCCAACUUUCAUCAAUGAAAUCAUAUCUUCAUGCCACACGAGCCUGUCAAUAUGUGAAAAUAACAUGGCCAUUCUCCGCCUGCUUUCUGAAGAAGUAUUCGAUUACUCACAGGAUCAAAUGACCUCCACUAAGGCUAGGAACCUGAAAACUACUAUGUGUCAGGAAUUCUCGGCCAUCUUCCAACUGUGUUCUGAAGUUCUGGAUACUGCAAACCAGAGUAGCUUAAUCAAGGCUACUCUGGAGACUCUGCUACGAUUCCUGAACUGGAUCCCGUUGGGAUAUGUGUUUGAAACGCCCAUUAUUAACACUCUCCUGACACGGUUUUUGGACGUCCCAGAAUUCCGCAAUGUGACCCUAAAAUGCCUUACUGAGAUUGGAAGCCUCCAAAUUGGUCCACAAUACUCAUACGAUGAGAAACUCGUACAAAUAUUCACAGAUUUGUUAACAACGGUGUCCAAGAUCAUUCCCCUAUCCUUAGAUUUAAGGGAAACCUAUGCGAACAGCAACUCUCGAGACCAAGAGUUUGUUCUUAAUCUUGCACUUUUUCUUUGCAACUUUUUCAGCGUUAGGUUACAUCUUAUUGAGAAACUCCCGAAUAGAGAUUAUCUCACUCAUGCACACUUUUACCUCAUUCGAAUUAGUCAAAUUGAUGACAGGGAAAUCUUUAAAAUUUGCCUGGAGUACUGGACCCGGCUAGUUCAGGAGUUAUAUGAGGAAAUGCAACAGCUUCCAAUCACUGAUAUUAAUCCGCUUGUUAGUAUGGGGGUGAGUGGACUUUCGAAUGGCGGUGCUCCCCACCCAAGCACGCUCGCAAACUACCCUCUUCGAAAGCACAAGUACCAAGAAGUCCUCACAAGUCUGAGAACCGUUAUGAUUGAGAAGAUGGUGAGGCCGGAAGAAGUCCUGAUCGUUGAGAACGACGAAGGCGAAAUUGUGCGGGAAUUCGUUAAGGAGAGUGAUACCAUCCAAUUAUACAAAACUACCAGGGAGUGUCUUGUCUACCUUACCCAUCUGGAUGUAGUAGAUACAGAGAAUAUCAUGGCAGACAAAUUAGCUAAACAAGUUGAUGGGACAGAGUGGUCCUGGGCUAACUGCAACACACUCUGCUGGGCCAUCGGGUCUAUUUCUGGAGCCAUGAACGAGGAGACUGAGAAGCGAUUCCUUGUCACCGUCAUCAAAGACCUCCUUGGUCUAACGGAGAUGAAGCGUGGUAAGGACAACAAGGCGGUUGUGGCCAGUAAUAUUAUGUACAUUGUGGGACAAUACCCUAGGUUUUUGAAAGCCCAUUGGAAAUUUUUGAAGACGGUUGUCAACAAACUUUUUGAAUUCAUGCAUGAAACCCAUGAAGGUGUUCAAGAUAUGGCAUGCGACACCUUCAUUAAAAUCGCUAACAAAUGCCGACGUCAUUUCGUUGUGCUGCAGCCUAGCGAAACCGAGCCGUUCAUUGACGAGAUUGUGGGAUCAAUGAGAAAGAUCACCUGCGAUUUAUCCCCGCAACAAGUCCAUACAUUUUACGAAGCAUGUGGUUAUAUGAUUUCAGCGCAAGGCCAGAAGGGAGUCCAGGAUCGCCUUAUUGAAAAUCUCAUGGCUCUUCCUAAUGCUGCAUGGGAUUCAAUCAUUAAUCAGGCUACACAGGACCCCUCUACGCUCCAAAAUGCGGAGACUAUCAAGAUUGUGGGGAAUAUUAUGAAGACCAAUGUUGCAGCCUGUACCUCUAUUGGCAGCUAUUUCUAUUCUCAGAUCGGCCGCAUUUAUCUCGAUAUGCUCAACAUGUAUCGAGCAUCGAGUCAACUCAUCUCAGAUGCCAUUGCAGCAGACACAACGGGAUAUGCGACCAAGACGCCGAAAGUGCGAGGGCUGCGAACAAUCAAAAAAGAGAUACUAAAGCUUAUUGAUACUUACGUCGAUAAGGCUGAUGAUCUCGAGAUGGUCAACUCUAGCAUGGUGCCCCCGCUUCUAGAAGCUGUUCUUCUAGACUAUAAUCAAAACGUGCCUGACGCUAGAGAAGCAGAGGUGUUAAAUGUGAUGACAACCAUUAUUCACAAGUUACAUAACCUUAUGGAUGACAAAGUCCCAAUAAUAAUGGAGAAUGUGUUUGAAUGCACCCUUGGCAUGAUCAACAAAGAUUUCCACGAAUAUCCCGAGCACCGUGUAGGGUUUUUCAAGUUGCUACAGGCCAUAAACCUAUAUUGCUUCUCUGCGCUUCUGAAGUUAGAUACGAGUCAGUUCAAGUUUGUCAUCGAUUCAUGCAUGUGGGCAAGCAAGCAUGACAACAGAGAAGUCGAGAACACCGGGCUCACCAUGUGCCUUGAGUUAAUGAAUAACAUGGCUGACUCCGAUCCCCAAACGUCGAGUGUUUUCUUCCGACAAUUUUAUCUACCGAUAUUACAGGAUGUCUUCUUUGUGCUUACUGACACUGAUCAUAAAGCUGGCUUCAAAUCUCAGGCAAUGCUUCUUGCACGAAUGUUCUACUUUGUGCAAUCAGAAAAGAUUCGAGACCCCAUCUAUGGCCCCGAUCAGGCACCUGCCGGAACAUCUAACCGGGAUUUCCUCCAGGAGGCCCAAACAAGGCAAUUUGUUACUGGACUGUUUGUUAUGAACGAUGACUUCAACAAAUUCAAAACUCAUCUACGAGACUUCCUAAUUUCUUUGAAAGAGUUUGCUGGUGAUAAUACAGAACUGUAUGCUGAAGAGAGGGAGCAAGAACUGAAGGAAGCUAAAGCAGCUGAGCGAGACCGGGCCAUCAAAAUAGGCGGACUUUUAAAACCCUCGGAUAUGGACCAAGAAGAUGAGUUGUGA